AUGGCUCGAACCGCCCACGAUGCGACGAGUUUCUUCAAGAAUAUCGAUCGCACUUUCACGGCUCUUGACGACAAAUUGGAGAAAUCGGUGAAGGAACAUCUUCGCAAUGUUUACGGCACAUUGGCAAUGGGUCUCGGAGCUGCUGCUUUUGGAGCUGCUGUUCAUCUCUUCACUGACAUUUUACGUGCGAACUUCCUGCUAACUCUUGGAUCAAUUGGAUUGAUGUUUAUGUUGAUCUCGACUCCAGCAACUCUUGAGAAUCAGAUGAAACGUUUUGGAUACUUCUUUGGUUUCUGCUUUAUCUCUGGAGUCUCGACCGGACCACUUCUCGAGCAAGUGAUUCGCAUCAAUCCUUCCAUUAUCUUCACGGCACUUAUGGCAACGGUGUUUGUCUUUGGCGCUUUCACUCUGGCUGCUCUUCAUGCCCCAUCAACCAAGUACCUCUAUCUUGGAGGAACAUUGGCCUCCGCCUCUUUGGGUCUUCUCUGCUUGGCUCUCUUCUCCAACUUCUACAAUGUGAUCCUCUGGGGAGGACUUGCCGUGUCUUGCGGUUUCAUCCUCUACGAUACCCAAUUGAUUGUCGAGAAAAAUCGCCGUGGCGACCAAGAUUUUAUCUGGCAUGCAGUGGAAUUGUUCAUCGAUUUCGCUCAAGUCUUCCGUUAUCUUCUUGUGUUGUUGUCCCAAAAGGAGAAACGAGAUGAGCGUCGUCGUCGUGAU